AUGGAGUUCCAUGAUGAAGAUGAUGCAGACGAUGAUAUUGGCAUCCAGCGUGAUACAAAUACGACCACUGGCUACAGACCUCCUGCCGACUCAUUCUACGCAAAUACUUGGGAAAAUAUGUUUGAUCCUUCACGUCUAUUAGAACCAUUUGUUUGUACUUGGCCAGUGAUCAGUAUUGAUGGGACUCAUUUGUAUGGUAAAUACAAAGGGGUGUUGAUGAUUGCAAUGGCAACUGAUGCUAACCAAAAGGUUUUGCCUCUCGCCUUUGCUGUUGUAGACAAGGAGUCAGGGCCUAGUUGGGGUUGGUUUUUAGAGUGUCUUAGGACUUCCAUAGAGCAUGUCAUACCUGAGGAUGGCAUUUGCAUUAUUUCUGACCGACAUAAAGGUAUCAAAUGCGCCAUUCGAGAGUGGCCUAUAGGUGAGGACGGAAGAGAACAGGUAUAUCAUCGAUAUUGCCUUCGACAUGUUGCUAGCAACUUCAACACAAAAUUUAAGGACCCGACUUUAAAGGCAUUAGCCUUGAAAGCUGGAUAUGCAACUCAUGAAGCAAAAUUCACGUCCAUAAUGCAAACCAUUAAGGAGGCCGAGAUUAAUUUACUGAGGGGUGUAGACCCUACUGAUCGCCACAUCCUACGCUAUAUGCCUUACACAUAUCUAAUGAGUGAGGAUGUUGAUAAAUGGACCCAGUCACAGGAUGGUGGAAGACGUUACGGGGCAAUGACAACCAAUAUCUCUGAGUGUUUUAAUGGGGUACUUAAAGGUGCCCGCGGUUUGCCCAUUGCUGCAAUGGUUGAGUUCACAUGGUCCAAACUUGUUGCAUAUUUCUACGAUCGACGUGAAAAAAUUCUUUUUGAUCUCUCUCAAGGUAAGGUGUGGAGUGAUUAUGCAAUGAAGAUCUAUAACAAAAAUGAGCAGAAAACUGCAGGACACACUCUGAGGAAUUUUAAUCAUGAAAUUGGUGUAUAUCAAGUGGUUACCCCGUAUAACGAUCAUAGAGGUGGAGGGGGAAACCACAAUCAUGAAGUGCAUGUAAUUGAGCAAACAUGUGGUUGUGGGAAGUGGCAAAACUUGAAGAUCCCUUGUUCACAUGCAAUUAAAGUUCUUAAAGGUCUGCACCUCGAUGCGACCAGCUAUAUUGACCCAUGUUACAGUUUGAACAACGCCAUUCAGACAUAUUCACAUCAUUUUGUGGUGCCAAAAUCAGAGUCAUUGUGGAGGGAUGUUCGCGGACCACGAUGGGUGCCUAACCCACAGCUGUUGCGGGGCAAAGGUCGUCCUGUGAAGUCAAGAUUAAGGAAUGAAAUGGAUGGGAUACAACGAGAACGGGGAAGCCGGAGGGAAGAUCCGGACUUGAGAGAGAUUCAACCAAGGCAACGAUGUGGAGUGUGUCAUCAAGAGGGGCAUAACCGCAGAUGCUGUCCCAAUUCCCAUGGGGCUUCGACAAGUGGUAGUGCUGCAAACUAG